UCAUCAUGUCCCGUUACGAUAGAGCCAUCACAGUCUUUUCUCCAAAUGGUCACCUUUUCCAAGUUGAAUAUGCUAUGGAAGCUGUGAGAAAAGGUAGUACUGCUGUGGGUGUUAGAGGAACAGAUAUUGUUGUUUUGGCUGUAGAAAGAAAAACUGCUGCCAAGUUGCAAGAAACACGUUCCGUAAGAAAAAUUGUAAAAAUCGAUGAUCAUUGUGCAUUGGCUUUUGCUGGUUUGACUGCUGAUGCUCGUGUUUUGAUUAACAAGGCAAGAUUGCAUGCUCAAAGCUAUGCUUUACAAUUUGAAGAUCAAGUAUCUAUUGACUACAUUACACGAUAUAUUGCUCAAGUUCAACAAAAAUACACUCAAAGUGGUGGUGUCCGUCCAUUUGGUAUCAGUACUUUGAUCGCUGGUUUUGAACCAAACGGAACUCCUACCUUAUCACAAACUGAUCCUUCAGGUACAUUCUCUUCAUGGAAAGCUAACACUUGUGGAAGAAACUCAAAAACUGUCAGAGAAUUCCUUGAAAAGAACUAUGAUACUGAUAUUUUAGGAACUGAAAGUACUCAAUCUAGUGAAGAAAGAACUGUUAAACUUGCCAUCAAGGCUCUUCUUGAAGUUGUGGAAAGUGGAAGCAAGAACAUUGAAGUUGCUGUUUUAAAGUUUAAGGAACCUCUUCGUUUUUUGGGCGAUGAUGAAGUCGGAAAGUAUGUUGAGGAAAUUGAAGCUCAAAAGAAGCUUGAAGAAGAAACCAAGAAGCAAAAGAAGUCAUCCCAACAACAAUAAGUUGUACAUAACAUGUAUUAUAUCCUCAAUUAAACAAAUUAUGAAAUUU